UAAUUUUUUCAUUGGUAGAUAACACCAUUGCAGAAGUAAAUUUGUGAUAUUGGGACUUUACUUCAGGCAUCAGAUUUGCCUGAUUGUUCCCGAAGAUCAAAAGACAGAUUCCAUUAAGAGUGGAACAGAAUGACUUACAGGCUUCUGAACUGAUAUUAAGUUCAGAAGCCUGCAAGCCUUCUCCACUUUGGAGAAGAUUUGCUGGUAUCAAUUUGCAGGCUUGCACUUCUCUUCGCCCUGUUUUUUUUUGUUUGUUUGUUUGUUUUGUUUUUUUUGUUUUUUUCUUUCUUUUUUAGCUCAAGAAAUUUGGAACUAGAUGUUCUUCAAGGUCCCUUCCAACCCCAACAAUUCUAUAAUUCUUUGAAAGGUGUAACUCAAACAGCAAUGGCACCUCAAAUUUGAGAUUUUUGAUUUUGCCUUUUCUUUGUUUAUUUUAAUGAAAGCCACCGAGGGGCAGCAGAUAGCAGCUGAACUCGUUAAAACAAAACAAAACACAUUUUUUUUCCUUUGAAGUUGCAUUUCGAGUCCAGUGUUAUCUUGCUUGAAAAACUCAGCUUCAGCAAUGAGGAAAACACCCUCCCUAACGAAGGGAAAGCAGACAGUGAACUGAGGCUAGGGAUGAUUAAACGUUUGCCACGGAAACAAAUAAAACUUUGCAACAAAACAUUUCCAUAAACUGUGGAUCCGCACAUUUAUUUUUGUUCCUUCCAACAGACAGGCACUUACCCUUAAUGUAAAUGGUAAACGGUAUUUUACUUCCCGCUUAUGUCAUUAGGUAAUUUUCCUUUUAAUCUGACAUGAGGAAAUCGGUGCUUCUGGAGACGGGAUAUUGCCACUUUACCGGGGGCUGUCGAGCGUUUCUGCAUCGCUCUGAUGUUGCAUUAGUUUCCACCGGGCAUUUACAUAUCCUUGCUGAAAUCCUGGGAGCCUGUUAAGCUUCGAGCAGACCCAGAGCAGCUACAUGAGAAUGGGAAUAAUCUCUUACACCGCAAAUUGACUUCCCUCUUUGUAGCCCUAGACACUGUUUCCAGCUGCUUUCAGUCUUUUAAACCCUUGAAAGCUUUCCUAAUCCCGGUGUAGGCAGCCGCCUUUCUGCGCUGUGCCGCCUCCCCUCCCCGCUGAUUGGCGGGCCCGGCUCAGCCGCAGCUCCAGCGCUGGCCGCGGUUUGAAACCAGAGCCGGGCAGCUGCUCCCGCCGCCCUUCCCACAGGCUGGGCAGCGAGGGCUGGGAAACUUGACAUUGUCUCAGCCAGGGCUCCCCCAGCAAAGAAUAAAAAGGGAGGAGGAAGUAAUAGACAGGCAAGAGGAGGGAGGGAAACUUGCUUACGGUGGGAAACUUGAUGGAUUUCUGCCCCGCCGGCAGCAGCGCGGAGUGAGAGCCCCUGGCCCGCUGGAUGGAUGAUGGGAAUCUCACCAUGAGGCAGAUAGCUGAUCAGCUUCCCUGGAUUUCGCUGACGCCACAGGAAAGCUUUGCCUGAAGAUGGAAACACUGGAGUCAGAACUGACCUGCCCUAUCUGUCUGGAGCUGUUUGAAGACCCGCUGCUGCUGCCUUGCGCUCACAGCCUCUGCUUCAACUGCGCGCACCGCAUCCUGGUCUCCCACUGCGCCACCAACGAGCCGGUGGAGUCUAUCACCGCCUUCCAGUGCCCGACCUGCCGCUAUGUCAUCACCCUCAGCCAGCGCGGUCUAGACGGGCUCAAGCGCAACGUCACCCUGCAGAACAUCAUCGACAGGUUUCAGAAAGCCUCCGUCAGCGGGCCCAACUCCCCCAGCGAGACCCGCCGGGAGCGGGCGUUCGACAACAACAGCAUGUCGUCCUGCGAGAAGGUGCUCUGCCAGUUCUGCGACCAGGACCCUGCCCAGGAGGCGGUGAAAACCUGCGUUACCUGCGAGGUGUCCUACUGCGAGGAGUGCCUGAAAGCCACUCACCCCAACAAGAAGCCGUUCACUGGCCACCGCCUCAUCGAGCCUAUCCCGGACUCUCACAUCAGGGGAUUAAUGUGCCUGGAGCAUGAGGAUGAGAAAGUUAACAUGUACUGUGUGACUGAUGACCAGUUAAUUUGUGCCUUGUGUAAACUGGUCGGGAGACACCGUGACCAUCAGGUGGCAGCUUUAAGUGACCGCUACGACAAGCUAAAGGAACUAACCCCACCCUGGAGUCCAGACCUUGCUGAGAAUUCAGGAGCUGUAGCAGUAUCAUUCUGUAGUGCCAUGGCAGGCCAGCAAAAUUUGGAGAGUAACCUCACCAACCUUAUUAAGAGGAACACUGAACUGGAAACUCUUCUGGCAAAACUCAUUCAGACCUGUCAACAUGUAGAAGUAAAUGCCUCCCGCCAAGAAACUAAGCUGAUGGAAGAAUGUGACCAACUCAUUGAAAUAAUCCAGCAAAGACGGCAAAUCAUUGGAACCAAAAUCAAAGAAGGAAAGGUGGUGAGGCUGAGGAAGCUGGCUCAGCAGAUUGCCAACUGCAAGCAGUGCAUUGAGCGCUCGACAUCCCUCAUCUCUCAGGCUGAGCAGUCCCUGAAGGAGAACGACCACGCCCGCUUCCUGCAGACAGCUAAAAAUAUCACUGAAAGGGUUUCCAUGGCAACUGCAUCCUCCCAAGUUCUAAUUCCUGAAAUUAAUCUCAACGAUACUUUUGAUACUUUCGCACUUGAUUUUACCAGGGAGAAGAAAUUGUUGGAAUGCCUUGAUUACCUUACAGCUCCCAACCCUCCCACCAUUCGAGAGGAGCUCUGUACAGCCUCUUAUGAUACCAUUACUGUGCACUGGACAUCAGACGACGAGUUCAGUGUGGUCUCCUACGAGCUGCAGUACACCAUCUUCACUGGACAAGCCAACGUUGUUAGUUUAUGCAACUCAGCCGACAGCUGGAUGAUUGUCCCUAAUAUCAAACAAAACCACUACACGGUGCACGGGUUACAGAGUGGCACGAAGUACAUCUUCAUUGUCAAGGCCAUCAAUCAGGCUGGCAGCAGGAGCAGCGAGCCUGGCAAGCUCAAGACAAACAGUCAGCCUUUUAAGCUGGACCCCAAAUCUGCUCAUAGAAAAUUGAAAGUGUCUCAUGAUAACUUGACAGUGGAAAGGGAUGAAACAUCCUCCAAAAAGAGUCACACGCCAGAGCGAUUCACGAGCCAAGGGAGCUAUGGAGUAGCUGGCAACGUGUUCAUCGACAGCGGGCGGCACUACUGGGAAGUGGUUAUAAGCGGGAGUACAUGGUAUGCUAUUGGUAUUUCCUACAAGUCAGCGCCGAAGCACGAGUGGAUUGGGAAGAAUUCUGCCUCCUGGGUGCUGUGCCGCUGCAACAACACGUGGGUGGUGCGGCACAACAGCAAAGAAAUCCCCAUCGAGCCCGCGCCCCACCUCCGGCGGGUCGGGAUUUUGCUGGACUAUGACAACGGUUCCCUUGCCUUUUAUGAUGCUUUGAACUCCCUACACCUUUACACUUUUGACAUUACAUUUGGCCAGCCAGUGUGCCCCACGUUCACGGUGUGGAAUAAAUGUUUGACCAUUAUAACUGGCUUGCCCAUCCCUGACCACCUAGACUCCUCCGAGCAGCUGGCGUGACUGCCAAAAGCCGAAAGGUAGGAUGACACAUCUUCCCAGGGAGGCCAGGCGGUGCCACCAGGAGCUUACCCGGAGCUGGAUCCAUGUGGCAUCCCAGACAAUGCUGCCGAAUCUGGGCAAAACUGACGAGGAGAGAAAAUCUCUUCCUGUGUACUUUGUACUGAAGGACAAGAAGUGGCUUUAAUGAUAUCUUAGGACUUUUUUUUUUUUCAGUUGCUUUUGUUUGAUUGGUUUUGUAUUUCAUCUCUUACAGGAAGUUUUAUAAAUUAUUUAUAAAAAUAGAAAAAAAAAAGAUAAAAGUGAAAGCCUAGUAUGGACACCUGGGAAAUGACUUACUGUUGUUUUAGGGGAGUUUUUUUGCACAUUGGUGGUCCUGUUAAUUAAACUUUCAUCAGCCUUUUGAAUAAUUUUAUUUUACAGUGGAUGAUAGCAGGAAAUUGGAAAAAUGAAAACUGCAUAGUGGACAAGUCAGUAUACUGCAGGUUUUACUUGUACAAGCAUUAGUGGUCUCAUUACCAGCCUUGUUGAGUGUGAGAUCUCUCCGUUUCUACUUUGCACAUGAGAGUGUGCAGACCAAAAGAACAAAAAUAAGCAAGCAAGGAAGUGAAGCUCACCAACACAGCAAAAGAAUAAAGUUUAAUUUACUUCUGUUCACAGGGCAGUGCUCUCUCAGUUCAUAAAAACAUGUGGAAUAUCUCCUAGAAAUGGGAGUGGAUAAAUCAUCUGGUGAUUUAUUUUAUUGAUGGCAAUAUUCCCAUCUACCAGUGCUUCGCUUUCGUCUUUGGGAAACGUUAUAGAAUCACUGAGGAUGUGGAAGACCGAUACCAUCCCUGAGAAUCAGCAACACUGGAGGAGAACAGCCCAUCCAAGGUCUGACUGUAGACUAAUUUGAUAGAGCAGGGCAUAAUUUAAGGACUGAUUGUAACAGAAGAUGUCAUGGUUCUGAUGGUAGACAUGUGAAUGCUUAUUGAUGAUUUUACAAGGUUCAACAUAGCAAGCCCAGCCAACAGCUCGGAAGUGAGACGUGCGCCGCUUUACCACUGGUUUUAAAUUAAAUACAAAUGUUUCAUUGUCAUGCACUGUGUAGUGUCUAUAACAAAGCAAGGAAGUCUGUUUAACAUGUGCUGUAUGGAGAAACACUGCAGAUGGAGUUUGCUCACAGUUAUCAUUGCCCUAGGCUGUUUGGGAAAGCACAGCUCACUUUGUGAAUGAAAAGUAAAGAGUAAGCUCUCAGCAGCAGUAGAAAUCUGCAUAGGGAGACCCUAUCUUCAUCCUGGUGUUGGAAGAAGAGCUUCAGUGAAGGCAAUAGAAGUUUUAUGUACUUUAUCUCAGAGCUGAAUCAGGUGCAUUUUUUUUCUCUUUCCCUUUACAAAUAGAAGCUUUUUGUAAUUAUUGCAAUGCGUGUGUAUAAAUUAUCAUUUUGGGAGAUGCUUGAGGCAUAUGACAACUUUAAAGAAUGGUUUUCCUACAGUGUUUUGUUGUUACUAUGCAAGUGGUGAAAAUCUGCCUGUAUAGAGAAAAGAUAAACUGAAUAUCAGCUUUAAAGAUUUGCUCAGUAAUUUAUAACCAUGCUUUAGGUGUCUUUUGAAAAAGAUGCCUUAAUGCACUUUCUUCAAUAAUGGGUCCAAAUAAAAUGGUCCCAAGCUCAGCUUCAGAUUUUUUAAAUACUGAUUCUCCAGGUACAAAGCUCUACUACAGUUUGCCUUAUGAUUAUAUCAAAAAAUUAUGAACAAGAUGAGGAGAAUACUUACAUGGCCAUUUGUUUGUUUGGAUUUUUUUAAAUAGAAAAUAAAUGUCUUUCCAUGUUUCUUUGAUUUCCCUUUACAUAUCCUACUAAGAGCUGAAUUAAAUGGAAAAAAAUCUGGCAGUGCAUUUCAGCUGGACAACAUCCCAUAGUUCACAGGUAGGAGCCACUGAUCUUUCCUGAGUACACAAAAAAGGCAAAGUGUGUACAUAUAGUGAACCUCAGUGUUUAUCAUAGUGUUAUUAGCAAUCAAGAAAUGUAUACCCUCAAAAAUGAAAAUGUAAAUCAGUCCCCAAGCAUUAAAUUUUAAAACCGAGUAAAAUGUUAGUGGUAUAAUCUGAUAUACAAUGCCCAGAUGAUGUGGCCUAGGAUGUUUGGGAGCUAGCUGAGAUGGAAUGAAAAUUUUGAAAAUGAGUUGACAGAAGAUGUCUGAUGCAAAGCAAUGAUAAAAGGAUGCAUGGAGAAAGGACUUUUAUUCUAGGGUUAUCGACAAGUUUCUGCCUAAAAGGAAAGAGUGAAUUACCAAAGUAUAUGUAGCAAGGCUGUGUAUUUUCUCUUUUGCAAGAAAUAUUAGAUCUAGAAGCUGAUUUCAGUAGUGGAUAAACUUAAAACACUGUUCAGUGUUGGUUAUACAAUGUUGGCAGAGAUUGAGCUGGAUGGAAAUAAUACCAUGAAUUUGGAGAGGUCCCAAAUGAUUUCACGUAUUUUCAUUGUAAAGAUAGAGCAUGAGUCUAAAGACAGAUUGUGGUUUUGGGCAAUGGAAAAAGAUGGUCUGUCAUCUACAGACCUUGCUGUAUCAUCUUUGUUUUAACACAGAAUACUUCACUUGGAGCUAAGCCACAUUUCUCCAGUGUCCUAUUAACUCAGUCAGUACUCUUUGUGCAUAUAUGUUUGUGUAAAUAUGUACACAUAUGUAUGGGUAUACACACACCAGCAUAUGCACAAAUACAGUGUGUAAUUUGUGUAUACACACACGUAUGUAUAUACACAUUCCAAGUGGCAGCAAUUAGUCAGGUGUUCCUUUUUUGCUUGUUUCUUGGACAAUUUCAUAUUCUGUAUGACAAUGAGGUAACAAGUUUGCUAUGAACAGUAUUCUUCUGGACAUUUUUUAACAAACAAAAUCUGUUUAUUUUACAAUACUUGAUUCAAUGCCUGAUUAAUCAAUAAAAAUUCCAUUUGAAAAUGUA